CUGGCUCGACGGGACAACAACUGUUUCUCACGAGAGAUCUGACCUGUGACCCGGGCAUCAUGUCGUCUCUGAGCGGUAAGGUCCAGACGGUGCUGGGCCUGGUGGAUCCGGACCAGCUGGGCCGCACCAUGACCCACGAGCACCUGACCAUGACCUUCGAGUGCUGCUACUUCCCGCCGGCGCCGCGCGACGAGGCGGUGGCGGCGGACCCCUUCCACAUGCGCCACCUGCACUGGCUGCGGCAGAACCCGUACAGCUGCCGGCAGAACCUGCUGCUGCAGCAGGAGACGGCCGCCGUGCGCGACGAGCUGCUGGCCUACAGGAAGGCCGGCGGCGGCGCCAUCGUGGAGAACACCACCGCCGGCCUGGACCGCGACCUGCCCACCCUGCGGCAGCUGGCCAAGGACACGGGGGUCCACAUCGUGGCGGGGGCCGGGUACUACGUGGACUGCACGCACUCGGAGGACACCAAGAGGAUGAGCGUGGAGCAGCUCACCGACGUCAUCGUCGCCGAGGUUCUCCACGGCGCCGACGGCACCGACGUGCGCUGCGGCGUGAUCGGCGAGAUCGGCACCGGCUGGCCCAUCACGGCCAGCGAGACGCGGGUGCUGCGGGCGGCGGCGCACGCCCAGGCCCAGCUGGGCUGCCCGCUCAUCAUCCAUCCCGGCAGGGAUCCCGCCGCGCCAGCUGCCGUGCUGCGGAUCCUCCAGGAGGCCGGCGCCGACAUCGGCAAGACUGUCAUGUCUCACCUGGACAGGACCAUCUUCGACGAGGCGGCGCUGCUGGAGUUCGCCCAGAUGGGCAGCUACCUGGAGUACGACCUGUUCGGCACGGAGAUGCUGAACUACCCGUACGACCUGAAGGUGGACAUGCCCAGCGACUCGCAGAGGGUCCAGACGCUGGCGUUCCUGAUGAAGGAGGGCUACGAGGACCGGGUGGUGAUCGCCCACGACAUCCACACCAAGAACCGGCUCACCAAGUUCGGCGGCCACGGCUACUCGCACAUCCUCAACAGCAUCGUGCCCAAGAUGCUGAACCGGGGCGUCUCGCAGCAGCAGGUGGACAAGAUCCUGGUGGACAACCCCAAACGCUGGCUGACCUUCAAGUGAAUCGGCGAGGGAGGGGGGAGGGGGGGCGAGCGAGGCAGCCUGCAGAUACGUUCCCUUCAAAUGACUCAACAGCCCGACACAAUGAGAUCCCUCGUCGGCGCCGCCGCCGCAUUCAGACGCUUUUGGACCUUUAAACUCACAAGGCUGCUCUAGGAGUUCGUCCUCUAACUCAGUGCUCAAAAUGUUUUCUGAGUCUGUCUUUUCAAUCGGGAAACCAUGAUUACUUUUUAUAGCGGCCCUCAUUAAUUAAAACUCAUUUUCCAGAUUUUCAUAUGUAAUUUAUUCGCCGGAUCAAAUUCAGCCUCAUUUCAUGUUUUCCUCUCUCCUCUCUGGAUGUUUCCUGU